AUGUCAGAUCAGCAACAACUACUACAAAAAAGCUCAUCUGAAGCAGUCACUAAAUACCUAAGAUCAAAGGAUGAAAGCCUUUCAUACAUAAUAAAAUUAGCUCAUGAGGUGCUAGACAAAAAAUUAAAUAUAUAUUUCCCAAAUUAUAAGGUUUUCAUACUAAAUUUGUUGAUUGAUAGAUUAAAUGAUAAAUCAACUUCUCAAUUUGGUAAAUGGAAAUUCAAUGAAGAUGUCUGGGGCUUGUUAAUGAAAACUUGGGGUGAGCUUGAAGCAGAUUCCAAAAUUAGAGAUGAUACAAUCUGUAAUCUCAAGACCAUAGACAUCUUGAUUCAAGUAUUAAAUCAUAACGAUAAUUCCUCAAGGAAAUGCCUUGAAAGCAUAUUCGACUUACUUCAAGAUAUGGAAAAUAGUACUUUUAUAGAGAUAGAUGAAUCGUCGGGAUUGUCAUUGCUCAAAUCUUAUUUAACAUAUCUUCAAGAUACCACUGCAGUCGAUGAUAUUUGGACUCAAAUAAUUCAAGAUUUAUAUUACAGAUCAUGCAUGAUUGAAACUCAAGAUUUAUCAAAAAAAGCAUAUUCAAAUUUUAUGGAUGAAGUUUUAAAUCCUUUAAUUAGCGUGCUAUCAUCACCAACCAUCAAACCACAGACAUCUUCCAAAAUGAAAUUACAAGAUAUUUUCAAGCUAAUAGUUUUCAAUUCAAAUCAUAUACAACAUUUAAGAAGAAAUUUGGAAAAAGUACUCAAAAAACAAAUUACCAGUGAACAUUCAUUACUAUACUUUUAUAAAAUAGCAGUUCAAGAGUUAUCCACCAAAAACAUGAAACUUUGUGAAGAAAUAUAUACUUUAAUUACAACUACAUUUCCAUCAUUGUCUGAGCCAAUGUUAUUAAUAUUAACAGAAUCCAAGAAACCAAUAUCACCAGAAUUCAUAGCAUCAUUAUACAAUGAAGAAGUAGAUAAAAAGAAUUUCAAAGACCUAAAUUGGUCAAUGGUGAAAUAUAUUUUUGAAAUAGAUAGUGAACUAGCAUCAAAAAAAUCAAGAUUUUUAUUUGAAAAAUACAACUCAGAUUUUGGAAUUGACGAAAAAGUUUUACCAGUUGGUAAAGUCAUAUUGGCAUCAUAUAUCGAGAAUAGAGAAUUAGUUGAAUUUAUUACCAAAGUUUGGCCAAAAGCUAUUUUGAAAGAUGAACUAUGGGAUAGUAAAGAAUUCAUAAUUGAUGUAUCUCGUGGAAUCAAAUCAUUAUCUGAAAGACAAAUUAUGAAAAUUAUUGAAGACUCAAUUGGAUUUGAAUUUGAAAUUACUCGUGCUAUCUUUGUCGCUAUAACUAUUGGAUUAGCUUUUUCAUCAACAAGAAUUGUUGAAUCAUUAAGAGGUGUAUUUGAGAAGAACAAAUCAUUUGUUGAUUCAAAGGAUGAAUUUUGGCAAGUUCAUUAUAAUUUGUUAAUUUUAUAUGGCUCUGAAUUCAGUUUACCAGAAGAUAAAUUAAAAUUAGAUUAUGAUUUAUACUAUUAUUUUACACUUUUUAGACUUUUGGAAUUAGGUACUGCAACAGAGUUUAAAGAAGAUCAACAACAAAAAUUUCUCAAAUUUUUAAACGAUAAUAAAAAUUUUAUUCCAGUGGUUUUCAAAAGAUGGUUUAUUAUAUUCAAUAAUUAUUUCAGUAGAGUCAAUCAAACCAAAAUUUUGGAGUUAAUUUGUUCAUGGGACGAUCAUAACGACAAUGAGGAAUUACUCAGCUCAAUCAACAAUCAAUUCUAUGAACAAAGAAGACUAACCACAACUUUAAUUGAUUUAUUAAUUGAAAAUCCAAAACUAAAUUACUCAGCUAUCAAGUUUAUUCCAGUCAACUGUUACCAUAAAGGAAUGAGGAAAGAUUUAGUAAAUUCUUUGACUAAAAGUUACCUUAAGGAUCAGAAUAUAGAGAGUCUCCAAUCAUUGCUGUCAAUAUUAAAUGAACCAUCAUAUCAAUCAGACAUUGAGAAAAAUUUAUCAGUUUUGAUACAAGUUCUUGAAGUUUCACAGGAUGACAAUUUAAAAAAUCUUGCAUUUGAAAUUGCUACAAAAAUCUGGAAAUCUCAUAUUGAUAGUAAGCGAGUCAAAGAUACGUCAAGUCAAUCAUAUAUUGAAAACUCCAUUGAUCUAUUGACCAAAUACUUAAAACAAAAUCAAGCAACUCAAGUAAGUCCGAAAGUUGAGUUAUGUUCCAUUAUACUAUCACAGCAUAUCCCAAUAGAAUUUAAUAAAUCAUUUCAAGAUCAAUUUAAUUCACAUUGCAUACUGGCUAUAACUACAUCUAUCAAAAAUCAAAAUUUAUCCACUUUGUAUUGGUAUUUAUGGGCUUUAGCUUCGAUUGAUGAAUUUUAUACCCUAAAUUUUGAAUCAGUACAAAAUAUCAUAAAACAGCUUGACUCGAAAUUGCUGGAACACGCUCAGAUCAGAAAGUCUAUUUUCAAGUUAGUUUGUAAAUCGGCUUAUCUUGAUAUCGAUGCUGCUAAGUAUGUCAUGAGUCUUUUUAUAAUCAAUACUAAUAUAUCCGAUACAGACUUAGACUUUUAUUACGAUAAUUUGGUCGCAUAUGCUGAAAAAAUUGCAACAGAGGAAGGGGAAGUUUACAAUCAAUUAUGUGAAUAUUUAAUACAUUCGUCAAUUGAUUUGAAAGAGGACAGGAUUUAUGUUAAUUCAAUUUGUUUAAUAAUUUCGGCUUAUUCGUCAAAAUCAUCUAAAGAAACUAGCUCUAUUAUAAUUACUGGAUUGUUUGCAGUCUUAAUAACUUAUUCAUCAAAAAUCGUAAAAGCAGAUGCUUCAAAUGAAAUUUUAGUUACCAUCAAAACUUUAUUAACUGAAAAUCAAUACAUAUUUAAUCAGCACUUGUUGGAAAUGACGUUAGUGUUAGUACAAAAAAUUGCAACCUCACCAAACACUGAUUCAAAAGUUUAUAUCAAAUCAACUCAAGUUAUUUCAAACAUUUUAUUACAUCACAGAUAUAAAUUAAGUACUCGUCAUCAUCUUUUGAUCAAUAUCAUGUCGUCUUUGUUGGAAUUAUUAGCUAGUUCGUUUCCAUUAGGUAAUGAUAUAGCAUCAGCAAAAGCAUUCGCAAGAUUAAUGACCAACUUAUGUGAACCACAGGAAAGGAUCAAUGAACAAAUUCAAGACUCGAAUAAUUUGACUACUUCGGCAAAUUUUUUCAAAAAGAGUUUGAGAAAUCACCUACCUAUAUUAAUGAAUAAUUUUAUUUAUUUUAGUUUGAAAUACAAUUAUAAUAAAGAAGUUAAUGAUAUUUUAAUUGAUGGUAUUUAUUUGAUUUUUGACUUGUUAUCGUCAGGUGAGUUGCAAAUUAUCAAUUCUUCAUUGGAUUAUGGUGGUAAGGCUUUAUUUAAAACAAUGUAUCACAACUAUAAUGAGUUUUGGAAAUGGAAGGAUCAGUAG